AUGCUUGAUCGCGAAAAUGAGAGCCUUUCGGAUAAUGGCUCUUUAUAUGACACUUAUUUGUCACCUUCAAGUCAGCUUACACCUAACUAUGGCGGCCUUAUCGCCGACGUGAUGGGGAUGGGCAAGACCCUCAGUACACUUGUCACCAUCCUACAUACGUUGGGAUCUGCUCGUGACUUUGCCGACUUCAAUUUUUCUCAGGCUGCUCAAGAAACACCUACGAGAGCCACUUUGGUUGUCGUACCCUCACGGCAGCUGAUUGAUAACUGGAAAUUCGAGAUUGAACGUCACAUGUGUGAAGCUCUGCACGUCACAGUAUUCCAUGGGGAACAAAAGCCUCAAGGAUGCAAGCCUCUCAUAGACACAGAUUUGGUUCUCACAACAUACUCCACACUUGCGUCCGAUUAUAAGAAAAGCGGUUUACUUCAUAAAAUGGAGUGGUACAGGGUGGUCCUUGACGAAGCACAUGAGAUACGAAACUCUUCCACCCACUACUUCCGAGCCGCUUCAACUCUCAAUACCAGCAGACGGUGGUGCUUGACAGGCACACCCAUCCAGAACAAGUUAGAGGAUCUCUCAUCCCUUGCCGAUUUCCUUCGGUUACCGCCCUAUUCUGCGAAAAACUCAUUCCGAAAGUAUAUUCUGGAACCCCUCUCCAGCGGAGGCAUGUGCGACUCUCAGCCAUUACGAGCCUAUCUCCGUCGGUAUUGUCUUCGCCGAACGGAUAAAUGCCUCGAUCUUCCCCCAUCAACAGCUACGACCAUCUAUCAAACUCUGUCUGACCAGGAGCAGAAGCUGUAUGAUGCCAUUUUGAGCAGGGCAAAAUGGGCUUUGGAUGACAUCGUCAGUGGCAACGAUAAAGGUGCCCUCAAGCUGUACAACGUACUAUUCACUGCCACCUUGAAGAUGCGCAUGGUAUGCAAUCAUGGAACCUUGAGCCCUCCAUGGGCCUUUAUGGGUUACCUUGCGCCGCAGGACAGGGAAAUUGACGCAUCUUGUGAACGAUGCUCAUCAUUAGAUGAAGGCUGCGAAGAUAUUCAGUUCUGCCCAAACUGCCGCCGUCCUUUUCGUGCCAAUAGCCCAUCCGUAAGUGCAGGCAGCCCUAACCCAACAUGCUGGUUAGGGGAUGGCAUCAUAGAUGCGAUUGAUCUCCAUGGCUCGUUGCAAACAGAUUUGUUCUCAACGAAGCUCAAAGCUGUGAGAAAGCAAGUACUUGAGGCUGGGGCGGGCACCAAGCACCUCAUCUUUUCUCAAUGGAUACCUACUCUAUACGGCCUCGUCCAUAUAUUUAGAGACGCAGGGGUCUCUACGCUUCUUAUACAUGGAAAAACAAGCACCUUAGAACGAACAAGACUCAUAAAGACCUUUCAAGAAGACUCUCAAGCGUCCGUUCUUAUCAUGUCUGUUGGCACAGGGGCAGUCGGGCUCAACCUUACAGCGGCGAGUCACGUACACGUCGUUGAACCGCACUGGAAUCCUUCAGUCGAGGCACAGGCCAUCGCUAGGGCAAUUCGCAUGGGCCAGAUGAAAAAUGUCAUCGUGACGAGGUACAUCAUGAAAGGAACAGUGGAAGAAAGCAUCGUUGCAUUACAGACCAAGAAGCAAACCCUCGCGAAGUUGACAUUCGACACCGGUAAUGGAGUUAACGAGAACCUGGAGGACUUCAAAGCCGUGCUAGGUGUUAAAGUCGAUUAG